AUGCGACAACUUCGCAUAGUUAAACUUUGCCUCAAUAUCUGUGUUGGUGAAAGUGGUGAUCGUUUGACGAGGGCUGCGAAAGUUUUGGAACAACUGACUGGACAGACCCCGGUAUUCUCGAAAGCUCGAUAUACCGUCCGUUCUUUUGGUAUCCGUCGUAAUGAAAAGAUUGCAGUUCAUUGUACAGUUCGUGGUGCUAAAGCUGAAGAAAUCCUUGAGCGUGGUUUAAAAGUACGCGAAUAUGAGCUACGAAGAGAUUGCUUUUCUGCAACUGGCAAUUUUGGGUUUGGUAUCCAAGAACACAUCGAUCUUGGAAUCAAGUAUGAUCCGAACAUUGGAAUCUACGGUAUGGACUUUUUCGUAGUUUUGGGCCGUCCAGGGUUUAACAUUAGCCAACGCAAACGAAGGGCUUCGCGUAUUGGAACUUCUCAUCUUGUGACUAAAGAUGAAAGUAUAAGAUGGUUCCAACAGAAGUAUGAUGGUGUUAUUCUGCCUGGGAAGAAGCGUUAA